CUUUGUUCCGUGCUAGGCUUGUGGUUGUGUCGUGUAGAAAGAACUCCACGGUAGGUUCCAUUUUUCACAUUAGAGCAAUCAAUAAAUUAUAAGAUUAGAAGACUAAUUUCAGUUUUCGUCUCGAUAUUAAGCUAUUUAGUUUCCAUGGGUUUAGAUCUUAGGUAAUUUUUAAAAGGAACAUAGUUUAACAAUUUUGGGGAAAACGUUCAAGUAGCGGUCAAAUGGCAAAAUAUUAACAUAUUCAAUUGUUUUUUCAAAUUAUUAAUUCAUCAUGCAUUAAUGACGGUGGAGGACCUUACACAAGUUCACUUUGUUCCCUGCUGGAGUUGAGGUUGUGCCGUGUAGAAGGAACUCUACGGAAAGCAAGAUGUUGGAUAUCAUUAAGGAAGAUGUUGUCAUAUCCGGAAUUGGAGCCCAUUUUGCCAAGGCUUCAAACAUGGAAGAACUUAAGCAACGUCUCUACGAGAACCAAUCCCAGCUGACUGCAAGAUGGCCUCAAGCUGCGGGAGGUGUGUGCAACAUGAUAGGAGAGGUCGACUCCAACCAUUUCGACAACUCAUAUUUUGGCAUCCAUCGACAGCAAUGUACGUUCAUGGACCCUAUGCACAGGCUUUGCUUAGAAAGGACCUUUGAGGCUCUUCUUGAUGCUGGUGUGAACCCCACUGAAGUCAGAGGAAAAAGAAUUGGUGUUUACAUUGGUUCAUCAAUUGGAGAGAACGAUAACUUAUUCUUGGAAUCCGUUGUAAGUGGUUUUGGUAUAACUGGUCACUCCAGAGCUAUGAUGCCCAAUAGGGUCUCAUACUGGCUCAACUUGAAAGGUACGUUUAGCUUUUUAUUUUUACUUCACACGCCCACUGGCGAGGAAGUAUAA